AUGUCGGACGGGCGCGGCUCCAGCAGUCACUCGAGCCACGAGGGGCGCCGCCGGCGGAAAUCCUCUGAUAACGUCGCCGUCGAGGCGCGGGCCGCGUUGGCCGGUCUUAGUCUUUCCGGUUUAAGCGGUGGGUACGGGGCGGUCCCUACAGGUACGGGGAACAGCACGAACGGGGGGCGAAGCAGAAGCGGCGCAAUGGGCGGCGCGGCGAGACAGCCGACGCUGGAGUCGAUGCGAAACGGGGUUAACAACAGCAGCAACAGCAGCAGUAUCAAUAGCGUCGUCGAUCCGCGAUUACCGCUGGUCAACACCCCCGACUCCAUACCGUCAGAUGCGGACAAGCCGCGGUUUCCGUUAAAGCCAUCCGUGAACGCGGCGCAAUUUCCGCCGCAAAGCGCGGAGUUAGCGGCUGCGGCGGCGGCUUUGGCGGCGGCUGCCGGCGGAGUCGCGUAUUGCAAGCCGCGGUACCAGUUCUGCCCGAAUUGCGGGUUUCAGUUAGUAGAAAACCCGAUAAUAGAGCCCAUCUUAAAGCCCGUUGUACCCGCUAUGGCGGAGGAGGAGACGGAUUCGGAACAAGACUGCGACGACGACGCGAGCGAGGUAUCUGUGCCACGUGUCAAAGCUCCAUUGGCGAACGCCAAGGCGAAAACCAAGAAGGGGAAGAGCCAUGCUGAAAAAGAAAGGCCACGCAGCCGGCGGUCUUCCGCGGAGCACAGUAGCAGCGGCGGGGGUGAUUCCGACGCCGGCGGAGCGGGCGGAGCUUCCGCCGCGGGGAGAGCGGGAAGCGACGCGGAAGAGCCUGGCGCGCGGAAGCCGCCCCCCGCGUUUCCCCCGUCCGCGUCUUCCGCAGGGAAAGAGAUUGAGGGGAGCCGCAUGGACCGGCUGAGAGCGCCGGAGGUGGGGCAGCGGCAGGUGCUCCGCCACAUGGAGAAGGGCGGCGGAGCGGGCGCGGGCGGCGGAAAGGGGCGCCAUCGGCGCAUCGGGAGCGUGGAUCAUAAUAUUUAUUCCGCCGCCAUGCCGCUCACGAAGGGGCGGCUGGCGGGCGGCGCGGGGGCAGCGGCGGGGAGGGAUCAGGGUUACGGGGAUGCGGAGGGGAGAGGGAUGGGCGCGGGACGCGCGGGGAUGAGGGGGAUCGCGUCUCCCGUUCAGGAGGAUGACGGGGAGGGGACGGAGCGCGGCUCGCCGACGGAAUCCGUCGCGUUGUCUGACGUGUCCGCGGCUACGGGGCGCGACGCGCCAGGUGGCAGCGCGAUCGGCGGCGCGAGCGCCGCCAGCGCCGCGAUUUCCGCCCACAGAAAACGGCUCGGGAUCGGGGGCGACGGGGGGAGCGAGAGGGGGAGCGAGCGGGGGAGCGAGAGGGGGAGCGCGGCGGGUUCGCCUAGGGGGGAGUCUGGAGGCGCAGGGUCUCCGCGGAGAUCCGCUAUAGGGCUGAAAAAGCUGCAGCUAAGAGUGGAAAUCGGGGCAGAUGAUAGCGGGGAUGAGGGCAGGGAGGUCAAACUGGUGGCGGUAGGGCCUCCCGCGGGGAAGGCGGGCGGAGGGGGAAUGGGGGGAGAAGGGGCAGGGGGAAGCGGAGCAGGGGGCGUGGGGAGAGGAGUGCGGGGGGUGGCGGGGAUAGGAUCGGUGAAAGAAAGGUCUGGGCUGAGGAGGGAGGGUAGUGGGAAGGGCGCGCACCGGCGCAUCUCCUCAUGGGUGGACGGGGGCAGUCUGCGGCACACAGACUUCAUUCUUCGCAAGCCGUACCGCGAGGUCACCGAGGUGUUUGACGUGCAAGAAGAGGAGCUGGGCGUGGGGCAGUUCGGGGUGAUUAGAUCGUGUGUCAAUAGGAUGACUGGCGCGCUGCUGGCAUGCAAGACCAUCAGCAAGGAGCGCAUUGUGUGCCCAGAGGACGCGGAGGACGUGCGCAAGGAGGUGCAGCUGAUGCAGCAGCUGAGGGGCCACCCCAACAUCAUCGACCUCUACGAGACGUUUGAAGACAGCAAGCAGCUGACGGGCCACCCCAACAUCAUCGACCUCUACGAGACGUUUGAAGACAGCAAGACAUUCGAGGACAGCAAGCACGUGCACCUAGUGAUGGAGAUCUGCAAGGGAGGGGAGCUGUUUGACCGCAUCAAGCUGAGGGGGCAGUACACACGUGCACCUGGUGAUGGAGAUCUGCAAGGGAGGGGAGCUGUUCGACCGCAUCAAGCUGAGGGGGCAAUACAGCGAGCGCAGCUUUACUGCCUUACUAAUGCCCUCUCUUCGCCCCUCGUCACCCCCUCCCCCCCUCCUCCCGUUUCCCCUCAGCACGUGCACCUGGUGAUGGAGAUCUGCAAGGGCGGGGAGCUGUUUGACCGCAUCAAGCUGAGGGGGCAGUACAGCGAGCGCAGCGCGGCGCUCGUGUGCCAGACGCUGGUGGAGGCGCUGCUGUACUGCCACUCCAAUGGCAUUGCUCACCGCGAUGUGAAGCCGGAAAAUAUUCUAGGUCCUCACCGGCCCCCCUCUUGCCUCUUCCUGCCCUCCCCCGAACCACCACCCUUCCUGCCCCCCUUUCCUCCCCCCCAUACAGGAGAGCCUCUCACUGAGUUCGUGGGCACGCCCUACUACAUGGCUCCAGAGGUCCUCACCGGCUCAUACGGCCCCGAAUCCGACAUCUGGUCGGCGGGGAUCGUCCUAUAUAUCAUGCUGUGCGGCUUCCCGCCGUUCUGGGCGGCGAGCAACGAGGGCAUAUUCGACGCGAUCCGGCGCAAGGAGGUGCAGUUCAAGUCCGCCAAGUGGCGCACUGUGACUGAGGACGCCAAAGAGCUUAUAAGGAGGAUACUCGUUAAGGACCCCCGCAAGAGGAUAUCAGCACUGGAGUUGCUUGUGCGUUGUUACUCUUGCCCUCCCCCUUCCCCCCACGCCCCUUCCUUCUGUCGCCUCACACUCAUGCCCUGA